UAAUUCUACAAUCAAAAAAGCAAAAAAAUAUGCAAAAUUGUUACGAUUUGGAGAUUUUUUUAAAAUUUCUGAUUAGGGUAAUUUUUUUGUGAAAACUUUUAUAAAUGAGAAUUUAAAGCAAAUAAUAUGUUCCAGCUCCCAUUGAGUACAAUCACACCUAUAUAUAAGGGAAUAAAACACAAAAGUGAGUACUCCGACCAAAGGAAGGAUAACACGGAACACGAUGCAUAUCCAUAGCUAUGGAGUGCUCCAAGGCGUCCUCCUAGGGGCAACAUCAAUAAUCAUUUUAUGGGUGCAAGGACUUGUUGGCUUGCCACUGGCUCUACCCGAUCGGGAGUCACUUCCGAUCGCCAUGGCGGAGGAUCUUCCGGCGGAGAGAGCUCCGAGGCAGAUCAAUUUAAAUCAGUCCGCCACUGAUGUUUUUAACACCCAGACGCCGCAUAAAUACGACGGCUUUAGAGUUUUCGGUAAGAAACUUCAAGAAGACUAUCACCGGAAAACGGGCUACGAUGCAACCCAUGCGCCACUGCCCAUUGCUGCGACCAAACAAACUACUCCUGGCCCCAAGGAAAGCCCUAAGAGUGCUAUACGACUCUAUGCUGAUCCACAAGAAGGUGAAGCAGGGGGUGGUGAGGAGGGGGGAGAAACGACUGAGGGAGGCGCGGAAGGCGGGGAAGGUUCAGGAGGAGGAGCUGUGGAAGCCGGUGGUGGAGGAAAUGAAACGGGCAAGGAGCUGACAGUUAGUAUUGAAAAAUUCCAAACAAAUCAAUAUGGAGACAAGGUAUACAACCCUUGGGGAAUCACCUUCGGACACCAGUUCUUGGACACCCGCUUCGGUCCGGGAAGUGGUCAAAUAGCGCUUUUGUCGGUCAAUCCGCAUCCGAUUCAGAACUACUAUCCCAGUGUUGAGAACCUGACCACCGUCUGCCUGAACAGAUCCACCAUCUACAACGACAUUAAGAUCGAGAAAUGGCUGAUGCGCUACGUCUACAGCAGGAAGAAGAAAGUCCGCCCCUUCUUUUUUGCUCUGCGUCAGCAACUAUACGAAAAGGGCGAUUCGGAGCAGUGCCACCAGGAGUCCUUUAGCGACUGGUUGCAGUACCAGGAGUGCGCUAUUCGGCGAAACCAGCGCAUGGAGUACUUUAUCCCCAAGUAUCCGCGACACCAACUAGCAACAAACUAAUCUGCAAGUACUACCAUAUCUCUUGGACGCAACCAUUCUGUUCAAAUUUCAGUUAGAUAUUGGCCUUGAUAUAUAUUUCAUGUGAAAUCCAGGGAACUAUUCGGAGAACACAAGGAAUGAUUAUUAUAUCCGAUCUUUCCCCUCAUUAAAAUUUAAAUUCAACCGA